AUGACGCUCAAUCAGAAGAAGUACGCACUGGAUCUUCUUCAUCGUGCACACAUGGAGAAUUGCAAGCCUGUGUCAACACCUAUGUCAAUACAGGACAAGUUGUCGGUUCAAACCGGCACCGCUCUCUCGGCUGAUGAUGCCUUCGCCUAUCGCAGUACCGUUGGCGGCCUUCAGUACCUCACCUUGACGCGUCCAGAUCUUUCAUUUGCUGUGAACAAGGUCUGUCAAUUCUUGGCUGCACCAACUGAUGUCCAUUGGGAAGCUGUCAAGCAAAUUCUUCGGUAUGUGAAAGGCACCGUGAACACCGGGCUGCGUAUUCGCAAGGCUUCUUCCACUUUGCUCAGCAUCUUCACGGAUGCGGACUGGGCUGGUUGUAUCGAUGACCGGCGGUCGACGGGCGGCUAUGCCAUCUUCUUUGGCCCAAACCUCAUCUCCUGGAGUGCUCGCAAACAGCCUACGGUCUCGAGGUCAUCAACUGAAGCUGAGUACAAAGCACUAGCUAAUGGUACUACUGAGGCAAUAUGGGUUCAGUCAUUGCUCAAAGAGUUGAAUAUAACUCAGCCGCGUGCACCGGUUCUGUGGUGUGACAACCUGGGUGCCACUUACUUGACUGCGAAUCCUAUUCCAUGCAAGGACCAAGCACAUUGA